AUGUUGAACACCACCACUACCAACGACAGAGACUACCCAGAAAUCGACAUCAUCUCGAAAGGCAAGAAUCUAUUGUUGCAACUGCAAAACCUCAUCGAGCUCAUAAAGAUGACUACAGGCAUCGAAAACGGUGCACCGUUGGUCCGGCUAGUUUACGAACUGGGGAAGGUCAUCGAGGCCAAGAAAAAUACUGGCAACGCGGCACAGGCGUUGAUCGACCAAGCAGAAGGGAUCUUGAGCUCUGAUUGGGUGAAGCAGAUCUGUGAUGAGGCGGAGGGUAGACUUCAGAGCUGGGAGACGAAUCUGGCUGUCGUGAGGGGGAGGGAGAGGAAUUGA